AUGCCACCCCACGGAGGGGUGUUUGUGGGUCUCUGGCUGCUGCUGACCCCCAGUCUUGCUGAGAGCCCCCCCAGCACAGGGUGGGCCACUCUUGCCUUCGUCUUUGAUGUCACUGGCUCCAUGUACGACGACCUGGUGCAGGUGAUGGACGGAGCCUCCCGCAUCCUGGAGCGGACGCUCAGCAGGAGCACGAAGCCCAUCAGCAACUACGCUCUGGUCCCCUUCCAUGACCCAGAGGUGGGACCUGCCACCCUCACCACGGACCCCCAGCUCUUCCAGCAGCGCCUGCGGGAGCUCCAUGUCCAGGGUGGAGGGGACUGCCCGGAGAUGAGCGUGGGAGCCAUCCGGCUGGCUGUGGAGAUCUCACAUCCCGGCUCCUUUGUCUACGUCUUCUCCGACGCUCGGGCCAAGGACUACGAGCAGCAGGAGGAGCUGCUGAGGCUGCUGCAGCACAAGCAGACCCAGGUGGUGUUCGUGCUGACGGGGGACUGCGGGGACAGGAGCCACCCCGGGUACCGCGUGUACGAGCGCAUCGCUGCCACCAGCUCCGGGCAGAUCUUCCACCUGGACAAGCAGCAGGUGACAGAGGUGUUGAAGUGGGUGGAGGAGGCCAUCCAGGCUUCCAAGGUCCACCUGUUGUCCACGGACCAUGAGGAUGGCGGGGAGCACACAUGGCCUGUCCCCUUUGACCCCAGCCUGAGGGAGGUCACCAUCUCCCUGAGCGGCCCUGCCCCAGGGAUCAAGGUCUGGGAUCCAGCAGGAAAGGUCCUGGAGACAGGCCAAGGUCUGAAGGAACUUCUCAGCAUCCCCAACUCAGCCAUGGUGGUGGCUGUGGAGCCCUAUGAGCCAGGGACGUGGCUGGUCACGACCCGGAGCAGUGGCCGCCACUCACUGAGGAUCACGGGCAUCAGCAACAUUAAUUUCCAAGCCAGCUUCUCCUCCCAGCCGGACUUUGACGCCAGCCAGCCUGGAGAGCAGCCGGUGCAGGGUCUGCCCAUCUCCGUGGUGGUGAACUGCACCGGUCUGAGGCUGCCUGGGCGCCUGCAGGAGAUCGAGCUCUUCAACACCUCUGGCCAUGCCCUGCUCUCACUGCCCAUGUGGCCCCUCUCCAACUCCUCCUCGGGGCAGCUCUGGGUGGGUUCACCUCUCCGUGUCCCCCCAGGUGACUUUCUGCUGAAGGUGAAGGGUGAAGAUGCCCAGGGCCACCCCCUGCACCGCCUCUCUGGGGUCACCUACACCAGUGUGGUCCCUGGUCUGCCCAAAGUGGACAUCUCCAGCAAGAUCCAGGCUUACAACCGUGAGCCACAGCUGAUCUCCUGCUCUGCACGGAGUGAGAUCCCUUUCCGCCUGAAGCUCAACCGAGGCAGGGUGCAGCUCAGGGAAGAGCAGCUCUUCAGGCGUUCAGGGAACAUCAGCUGGCUGAUCCCUGCAGUGUCCAAGAGCGAUGAAGGGUUUUACGAGUGCACGGCCACGAGCAAGGUCGGGGUGACACGGGCUCGUGCCUACGUCUCUGUGUCAGAGCCGCCACCGCGUCUCAUCGCCCCAGACAACAUCACGGCUUCGCCGGGCCAAGACGUGGUCAUGUCCUGCCUGGUUCUGGGGGAUGUGCCCUACAACCUGACGUGGAGCUGGGAUGGGAAGUCGGCUCAGCCAGGGGAUGGCCGGACCCGGCUGCUGCAGAACCGCUCUCUGGAGAUAAGCCGCGUGCGGCCGGGGGACGGGGGCCUGUACGAGUGCGUGGCACACAACGCCCACGGCACUGCCACCGCCUCCCUCUGGCUCUUCAUCCAGGAGGCGCCGUGGGUGAAGGUGGGCCCCAGCCCCCAGCGUUUCAGGAGGGGCCAGGAACUGCAUCUGAACUGCACGGCCGGGGGCCACCCCCCACCCCACACCACCUGGAAGCGCUGGGGCUGGGCACUGGAGCAGGACGAGAGGGUUUUUAGGGAUGCUGAGGGUACCCUGCACAUCAAGGCUGCUGUCCCAGAGGAUGCAGGGAAUUACAGCUGCUAUGCUGGCAGCACACUGGGCUGGGAUGAGCAAGUCAUCACCCUGGAGUUCACUGAGCCUCCUGCCAUCCUGGCAGUGACACCCAGCCUGAAGGUGCUAGUGGGAGAAGACGUGACCCUGGAGUGCUGGGUUUCGGGGGCACCCCCACCCCACAUAGUGUGGUACAAAGGUGAGCAGGCGAUGGCAACGUUCCCAGCCGGCACCCAGCGUGCCAUCCUGAGGCUGCAGGAGGUGCGGGAGGAGGACGCGGGGCAGUUCAUCUGUGAGGCUCUCAGCGAGGCCGGCGUCGCCUUCGACAGCACCCAGCUGGACGUGGGCUCUGCCCCUCACUUUCCCGAGCCCCUGGGUGACAUGGAGGUCACAGCUGGGGAAAGUGUGACCCUACUGUGCCACGCCGAGGGAUCUCCCCCGCCACGCGUCACCUGGUCCCGGCAGGAUGGGAAGCCUGUGGAGGGCUGGCAGGGACCACGGGGUGAUUCCAGCCAGCUGGAGGCUGCCAAGCUCCUCAUCAACAGUGCCUCACUGGAUGACCAAGCCAUCUACAUCUGUGAAGCCCAGAACGAGUUUGGGAAAAUCCAAGCGGAGGUCAAGCUCACAGUCACUGGACACGCCCCAGAAAUAGCUCUUGCAUCCCCUGUGGUCCACGCGCUCCCAGGCCAGCCUGUGUCACUGCCCUGUGUGAUCCUGGCUGGGAGGCCACUCCCAGCCCGCCGCUGGCUGAAGGAUGGACAAACGGUAGCCCCAAGUGACCACUACUCCAUCCGGGCUGAUGGUAGCCUGCACAUGGACCAGGCAUCCCAGGGGGAUGCAGGGAGGUACACCUGUGAGGUGACCAACGCCCUCGGCUCACACAGGCAGGACGUGUCCCUCGUCAUCCACGUUCCUCCCAGCAUUGAGCUUGGCCCUGUCCUUGUCACUGCCACCGAGGGAGAGGCUGUCACCCUGCGGUGCAAUGCCACUGGUGUGCCCCCCCCUAUGGUCACCUGGGCCAAGGGCACAGAGCCCAUUUUGCUGAGUCCACAAUACCACCUUGACCCUGAUGGGACCCUCCUGAUCCCUUCACCCUCCCCUGGGGACGCUGGGACCUACUUCUGCACAGCUACCAACGCCGCAGGUUUCUCCAGCCAGGAGAUGCAGCUCUCCAUCAGCACGAAGCCCAGGAUCAGUGUGAAUGGAUCACAGGGGCCAGACCCUGUCACCGUCCUGGCUGUCCUGGGGCAGGAGACCACGCUGCCCUGCGAGGUUCAAGGAUACCCCCCUCCCUUGGUGGUGUGGAGCCGACAGUCCCAGCCGCUGCCUCUUGCCACCACGAGAUACAGUGUCCUCCCUUCGGGGUCCCUCCAUCUGGCCGAGCCCCAGGUGACAGACAGUGGGCUCUACACCUGCACAGCCACCAACACCGCGGGGAACACCUCGCUCACCUACAGCCUGCACGUCCAAGCUCCGCCCCAGCUGUGGAUCGGCGAUGGGGAAAGUCACCUGACAGCAGUUGCCAACACCUCCCUGAGGAUUCACUGUCAUGCCAUGGGCACCCCUCCACCCCAAAUCCAGUGGCUGAAGGAUGGGCACCCUCUGGGCGAGCAGGACAAUGUGGUGGUGUCUGAGGACGGUGGGACUCUGCUGAUCACCCGUGUGGGGCUGGGUCACGAAGGGCUCUACGUCUGCCAGGGCAGCAACAGGGCAGGGGUGGCCCAGGCGGAGGUGCAGGUUUUGGUACAUGUGCCUCCAAACAUCGAGCCCAGCCCGGUGGACCUGGCUGUCCCAGAGAACGGCACAGCAUCCCUGGAGUGCCUGGCCUCGGGGUUGCCUGCUCCUCAUAUCACGUGGUACAAGGGGCACGAGGAGCUCUUGGCUGGACCAGGACAGACCCUGUCCAGGGAUGGGAAGCGCCUGGAGUUCCAGCGUGCCCGGCUCUCCGACGCCGGCAGGUACCGCUGCGUGGCCUCCAACGUGGCUGGAGUGGCUGAGCUCUGGUACAGCCUGCAGGUCACUGUGCCUCCGUCCUUCUCCUCAGCAGAGCCCGAGCCUGUGUCCGUGCUGGAGGGGCAGUCUGUCAGGCUGGCCUGCGAGUGCCAUGGGAUCCCCUUCCCCACCCUGAGCUGGCAGAAGGAUGGUGAGCCCCUCUCCACCCAGCCUGGGAGCCCAAAGCUGGUGUCCAUGGGAGGGAGUGUGGUGUACAUGGAGAAGGUACAGCUGGUGGACGAGGGGACUUACACCUGUGAGUGCCAUAACGCCGCCGGCAGCAGCAGCAAGGAGCAUCGCCUGGAGGUGCACGCGCUGCCGAGGGUCCAGGGCAGCAGCAACACCCCAAGGAAGGUUUCUGUCAUCGAGGGUGGUCAGACAGUUCUGGAGUGUGAGGCCAUGGGGAUGCCAACACCCUCCGUGACGUGGGUGAAGGACGGGCAGCCCGUGGCUGGUGGGGACGGGCUCCUGCUCACGGAGCAAGGGAGGCGGCUGCACAUCCCCAGGGCAGAGGUGACCCACACGGGACGCUACACUUGUCUGGUGGCCAACGCAGAGGGACAGGAGCAGAGGGAGUUUGAUGUUGUGGUGCACGUUCCUCCUGAGUUCCUUCAAGGAUCAGGAUUGACAACCAAUGUCACCAUCUCACUGCAAGAAUCCCUGACACUGACUUGUGAGGCCACUGGUGUUCCUCAGCCCACGGUCACCUGGUUCUGGGAUGGCUCUCCUGUCACCCCCAGCGAGAACAUGCAUGUGCUUUCAGGGGGCUGGCUGCUGAGGCUCACCCAUGCUGGAGCACAGGAUGGUGGCCACUAUUCCUGCCUGGCCAGUAACAUAGCUGGGGAGGCCAGGAGGCAUUUCUACGUGGAGGUCCUGGUUCCUCCCCACAUCGAGAAUGCAGGUGAAGAAGAGACAAUCAAAGUGCCAGAGGGUCAGCCUGUCACCUGGUCCUGCUUGGCUGCAGGAAACCCGCAACCUAAGAUCACCUGGCUGAAAGACAACCACCCUCUUCCCAGUGGGGACACCUUCUCCACAUCCCCCGACGGCUCCGUGCUCCACAUCCCCAGAGCCUCCCUGCCUCAUGCCGGCCGCUACUCCUGCCUGGCCUCCAACUCUGUGGCAAACCAGACCAAACACUACCUGCUGGAUGUUUUGGCCACUCCUACCUUUGCUCAAGAUGCCCACGAUGCUGCUGCAGAAGAAGUCACAGUGAUCAUCAACAACCCCAUCUCCCUGGUCUGCGAGGCUCUGCCAUACCCAUCUCCCAACAUCACCUGGCUCAAGGACGAGGUUCCUCUCAAAGCAUCUAGAAAUGUCCUCCUGCUCCCUGGUGGCCACGGGCUGCAGAUCCUGAAUGCCCAGGAGGAGGAUGCAGGCACGUACAGCUGCAUCGUGGCCAGCGAAGACGGGGAGGCUGUGAAGAACUACAACGUGAAGGUCCUGGUUCCUCCUUGGAUCUCCAGAGAUGACCCUUCAGGGGAAUUUGCUGUGAAAGAGGUGAAAACCAAGGUCAACAGCACAGUGAUGCUGGAGUGUGAGACCUGGGCUGUGCCUGAGCCAACCAUCCGGUGGUACAAGAACAAGCAGCUCCUGGAAAGCACCGGACACCUCCAGAUUCUCAGUGAGGGGCAGGUCCUUCAGAUCAAACCAGCCAGUGCCUCAGAUUCGGGGCAUUACACCUGUGUGGCCACCAACGCUGUGGGUGAAGACGACAGGGACUUCAUCGUGCAUGUCCAAGUGCCUCCGCUCUUCCAGCAGCAAACAAGCCCCAAAGAAGCUCUUGAGAUCUUCUACCGGGAGGAAGACCAGGAUGGGGAGGUGACAGAGCACCGGCAGGCUGUCCUUGACCAGCCCACCGCGCUCUACUGCGACACCAGCGCCAUUCCACCCCCCCAGCUCACCUGGUACAAGGAUGGAGAGCCCCUCUCCCCCGGCCCAGGGGUGCUGAUGCUGUUAGGGGGCCGGGUGGCUGCAGUGGAGGUGGGUGACACUGGCAGAUACACGUGUGUGGCUGAGAACCCGGCUGGGUCAGCUGAGAAGCACUUCGCCCUCACUGUGCAGGAAGCUCCCUGGAUUGUGGACCCAAACCCCGAAAGUGUCGAUGGCAUCGUCGGUGGCAGCGUCUCACUGGUGUGCGAUGUCCGAUCCCACCCGGCUGCAGAGAUCGCCUGGUACAAGGAUGGCCACGUCCUGUGGCUCAGUGAGGGGGUGACAGUCAGCCCAGACUCCCGGGUGCUGCAGAUCCAUCCCCUGAAGCUUUCCAGCUCAGGCACAUACACGUGUGUGGCACUGAACGUGGCCGGCCAGGAUGAGAAGCGCUUCAUCCUCAAUGUCCAUGAGCCCCCAGGCAUCCAGGACCUGCAGCAGGAGACACUCGAAGCUGAUGUGGGGACCCCCCUCGUCCUGACCUGCCAAGUCACUGGGGUGGCUGUGCCCACUGUCACCUGGCUGAAGGAUGGGAGCCCCCUGGAGAGCAGCCCAGAGCAGGGCUUGGUGUCUGGGGGGGCCCAGCUCCAGCUCAACCCCCUCCAGCCCUUCCACCAGGGCCGAUACACCUGCCUGGCCCGGGGUGCAGGGGCUGAGACACGCAAGGACUUCGUGGUGCUGGUGCGAGUGGCCCCUCAGAUCAUCAGUGCAGGGCUCCCCAGUGAGCACAGCGUGCUGGAGGGCAGCGGGGUCAGGCUGGAGUGCCGGGCCCAGGGACAACCCACCCCCCAGAUCUCUUGGCUGAAGGAUGGGCAGCCCCUGGAGCUGCAGCCCCCCUCACAUGUCCGGAUGUCCCCGGAUGGCAGCUCCCUGCUCCUUGAGGGGCUCCAAGCUGCCGACUCGGGGGCGUACACGUGCCUGGCCCGAAACAGCGCGGGCGAGGACACGCGGCUGCACACGCUGAGCGUGCUGGUCCCUCCCACCAUCGAGAGAGGUGCCGAAGACCCGGAGGUGGUCCGUGGAGCCCUGUCCGCAGUGGUGACACUGGAGUGCCGGGCACGGGGGUCCCCUCCGCUGCACGUGAGCUGGCUGAAGGACGGGCUGCCCCUCCACCUGUCCCCUCGCGUCACUCUGCUGUUGGCCGGGCACGUCCUCAGGAUCUUCCAGGCACAGGUCUCAGACGCCGGCCUCUACACCUGCGUCGUCUCCAGCCGGGCAGGGGUGGCCGAUCGCAGCUUCGUCCUGGAGAUACGAGUGCCCCCUGUCCUGGAGAGCCCUGAGAGCAGAGAGGAGCAGAUGGUGGCUGAGGGCUCUGAUGUCACUUUCUCCUGUGAAGCCACCGGGUCCCCAGCACCGGCAGUGACCUGGCUGAAGGAUGGAGAGCCCCUGGGGCAGCACAGAGACCAGGUGCCUGGUGGCCCACAGCUGAACCUGGCAGCCGUGGGGCCGUCUGACACAGGGGUGUACUCCUGCCUGGUGGUGAACGAGGUGGGGGAGGCCAGCAAAGCCUUUCACCUCCUGGUGAUGGAGCCACCCCGUGUCGAGGCUGCAUCCCACCCCACUGAGAUGUCCCUCACUGUGGGCACCCCACUGGAGCUGACAUGUGUGGUCACGGGUGUCCCCAUGCCCACUGUCACCUGGGAGAAGGACGGACGGCUGCUGGCAGGGCCCUGGCUCAUGUCGGGGAAUGAGAGCACCCUCCGUGUGGAGAGCGCUGAGGUGGCUGACUCUGGCUUGUACACCUGCCUGGCCACUAGCCCUGCUGGGGAGGACAGCAGGAGCUUCCACCUCAGCAUCCAAGCACCACCCAGCACUGAGAGUGCUGGGGAGAUCCCCAUCAUCACGGCUGCAGCAGGGGGGCAGCUCAUCCUGGAGUGCCCAGAGGAUGCUGAGCCACCCCCCCACAUCGAGUGGCACCGGGAGGGCUCCCCAGUGCAGGAGGAUUCCCACAGGCAGGUCCUGGCCGAGGGGCGCUUCCUGCAGAUCCGGGCUGUGCGGGCAGUGGACGGUGGGGAGUACAGCUGCAGGGCCACCAACGCCAUGGGGGACACCAGCCUGCGCCUUCGGGUGCAGGUCCACGUGGCCCCUGAGAUCCAGCCAGGCCCUGAGGAGGUGAGAGCCCUGCUGAACAGCUCAGCUGUGCUGCUGUGCCAGGCAGAGGGAUGGCCCGUGCCCCAGGUGACGUGGCGGAAGGACGGCCAGCUCCUGCUCCUUCCUGGGAGUGACAGGCUGCAGCUCCUGCCAGAGGGUUCCCUGCAAAUCAACCCCGUCCAGGUCCAGGAUUCAGGCCAUUACCUCUGCAUGGCAUCCAGCCCUGCUGGCUCUGACCGCCGAGGCCUGAACCUCCAUGUCCUGGUCCCUCCCACCAUCGCCCCUGGGCCCUCCAACCUCACCCUGCUGGCUCAGCAGCCAGCCACACUGGGCUGUGACUCCUGGGGGUCCCCCGAGCCCCACAUCAGGUGGGAGAAGGACGGUCGCCCCCUGAACCUACACCGCCCACCUGGCACCUACAGUUUGCAGUCCUUGGGAUCUCUGCUCAUCACCAGCCCUGGUCCCCGGGAUGAGGGGAGGUUCGAGUGCAUCGCCACCAACGCGGCCGGAGAGGCACGCAAGGUCUUCCUCGUGUCUGUCCACGUGCCCCCCACUAUUGCUGAUGACCUCACGGAUGUGGUUGUCACCCGGCUGUCCCCUGUGGUCCUCACCUGCUACACCUUUGGUGUGCCCCAGCCCACGGUGUCAUGGAGCAAGGACGGGGCUCAGCUGGGCAGCAGAGGAGGGGGCUACCGCGUCCUACCCAGAGGGGAACCCACACCCUCUGUGGAGUGGCAGCGGGAUGGGGAGCUGCUUCUCGAGGGUCCCCAUGCCCAUGUCCUGCCCAAUGCCACCCUGCUCCUGCCUGCUGUUGCCCACCGUGAUGCCGGCAGAUACUCCUGCCUCGCUCGCAAUGCCCUGGGUUCUGCCAUCGCCCACAGCUCCCUGGAUGUCCAAGGGGAGCUGCACCAAGUACGGGGCCGCCUGGUUGGUGUCAUCAAUGCCCACAAGCUUGGUGUCUCCCCCCUCGAUGCCAGCAUGUUGGAUGACCCACAGUCUGGCACCACCACCAUCCACAGCAGCAUCGGGAGCAUCCCACCCACUGUAGGACCACUGAUGCGGGUGCUGGUCCCCAUCAUUGCCCCCAUUUACUGGUCAUUGGCACACACUGACGGGGCGACCCGAAGUGCGUUCCUGCUCACCCAGGGAACCUUCCAGCAUGAGUCACAGCUGGAGUUUGCCACAGGGGAGCUCCUGCGGGUCACCCACCUCGCCCGGGGCGUGGAUGCCACUGGUGCCCUGCGGCUGGACAGUGUGAUCAGCGGCUCCGUGCCGGACACCAUUGGCGAGGCCGCGGUGCUGCUGCAGGACUUCAGCGAGCGCUAUGUGCAGACGGGCACAGGGCAGCUCUCUGGGGGUUCAGUGCAGAGCUUCCUGCGGGAUGGGCACAUCCUCCAUGCCCGCUGCAAUCACACCAUCGUGUACGACCCCGCUGUGGGCCCACAGCUCCCCCGGGUGCAGCACCUCCGGGCCAGAGCCAUCACUGCCUCCUAUGAUCCGGCCACAGAGCAGCUCCACUUCCAGCUCCGUGCCUCACUUGAUGCAGGGGCUGAUGGAGACCAGUGCCCACUGGGAUUCAUCCUGGACCCUGGGCAGCUGUACUGCGUUGAUGUCGAUGAAUGCACCGAGGGGUCCCACGCCUGCCGCUACAACCAGCUGUGCCAGAACACUGCCGGGAGCUACCGCUGCCCCUGCCCUCCCGGCUACCGCGCGCUGGGCGUUGGCUGGCCAUGCCUGGACAUCAAUGAGUGCCUGCAGUUUCCCCCACCGUGUGCCUUUGAGUGUCGGAACCUUCGGGGCUCCUACGAGUGCCUGUGCCCCCCUGGCAGGAUCCUGCUGCCGGGUGGACAGUGUGGCACAGCAGGGACGGAUGGAGGGGACACAGUGGGCAGCAUGUCCCGGGACACCCCCCUGCGCUGGCUGGGGCCGAGGAGCCGCCCAUGGGGACGAUCCUUCUACACCCAGCUCGCCCUGCGCCGCGUGGCCAAGCAUGCAGGGACGGGUGCCCGGGGCCCCCCCUGCCCUACAGGCUAUGUCAAGAGGAAUGGCACCUGCACUGACCUUGACGAGUGCCAGUCGAACCAGUGCCAGCACGAGUGCAGGAACAGCCCGGGCAGCUACCACUGCCUGUGCCCCCCUGGCUACCAGCUGCUGUCCAAUGGGAAGACCUGCCAUGACACGGAUGAGUGUGCAGAGGGCACAAUCCAGUGUGGCUCGAGCCAGAUGUGCUUCAACACCCGUGGAGGUGCCCAGUGUGUUGAUGUGCCGUGCCCAGCCGGGUACCAGAGAGGCUCCAGCCCAGGGCUGCUGGAGCAGGACCCCGGCAGCCCCUUCGCCCUCCGCACCGAGCGGGGCCGCGGCAUCAUCUCCACCCUGCGCCCGCUGCGGGACCCCGGCACCCACCGCCUCAAGGUGCAGGCGCUGGCCCCGGGUGGGCAGAGGGCACCCAGCAUCUUCCUCCUCCUCAUCUCUGUCUCUCCCUACCCCUACUGA